UAUAUAUUCAAGAAAAAAAAAGAAAUUUUUAUUUUCUUGAAAAAAUUUUUUACCAAGUCGGAAGUUUUCUUAUGUUAAAAAUGUUGGUUCUUUUGUUGAUAAAAGCAACACUUUUAAUCACAUUUCUUCAAUUCGUAAAAUCCCAAGAAUUUUUAUCCACUGAUACUGGAGGAGUUAUUAGAGAGAUAUACUACCCAUACGAGCCUAAUGAGUUCAAAAACAUUUAUAACAUAGAGAAAUUUCCAUUUCCAACAAGUCCUUACGAAAUUAAAUAUCUUCCAAAUUUCGAAUCCGAGUAUGUCUUCUUUAUCCACCAUUUGGUGAGUUAUAAAGCUUAUUUCAUUACCCCAAUGACUGGCCAGUAUUUGUUUCACCUAAAAUGCUCAAGACGGUGUAAAUUCAUCCUAUACGAAGGAAGGACGCUGAAAGAUGAACAAGUUGCCAGCAGUGACAACUAUGAAAGCAAAACAAUUGCACAACCUCUUACCGAAAAGACAAGGUACUACAUUAAGAUGUAUCACGAAGGAAUAAAUAGUACCAAUUCUCUCGGUCUUGGUGUGACCAUGCCAGAUAAUACGAAGCAUAAACCUAUUCCAGGAAGUAUGACAUAUGUGACGCCAGAUAUGAAUUCACACAAAAAGGUUUUCCUGUUGUACUAUUUUGGUGAAUUUGAAUCUGUAAACGCUUUAACGACCGCUUCUGUAUACCCAGAACAACCCGAUUUUGUGUUAACUAGUUUGACGACAGAGUCAGAGCCUAAUCGCGCAGGUUUUUAUGGUAAAAAUUUUGGUGCUGUAGUGAUAACAUGGUAUAAAGUUACCGACGAGAACAUUUCGCACGUUUUUGAGAUAACGGAGUGCGAAAACAAGUGUGAUUUGAUGGUGGAUGGAAAUUCUUUGGACGGUGGAGACAAGGAUGGAAAGGGAGAAUACACGUGGAAUCCAUCCGAAAAAAAGUGGUACAAGGUUCAAAUGUUUUACGUCUAUUCUAAACCUGGAAAAAAAGAUAUAGCCAAACUCAAACUUAAAGUCGGCCAAAACAAUUUUGCAGUGUUAGGAGAAAAAGAAAGAGCCAGCUCUCCUUACCUGAAUGCAAAUUUCCAUAGAACGGGUGUUGUCAGUAAAACCUCUACAUCGAUUGAAUAUAAAUGGUACAGACCGAGAAUUCCCGCUUCAAUGAAUUUCACUCUUCAAUAUGUUAAACUAUAUUUUCACGAACUUCACAUGGCGCCUGUGGAAUCAUUUACAAUGCAUUUAAACGAAACAAGUACAAAAACAUUUCACAAUCUUAAAGAAUACACGAACUAUAGAACGUAUAUUUACUAUUAUGGACUUUCCUACAGGAUCAGAUCAACUGAUCUGCUGACUCGUACUGCUGAAGCAGCACCAAGCAAAGCUCCACAGAGUAUUACCGCCGUCCCUCGUUCUUCUACACGUGUAGAUAUCAGUUAUGGGGAAAUACCAAGGGACGAUUGGAACGGCAAUAUACGUGGUCACAGUGUACAAUAUGCAAAAGUGGCUAAUGAUGGUGUUACUGUGAUUGGUCCAUGGGUUAGACACAUGAAAAACGAAGCUAUCAUACCCAUUGAAAGCUUGGAGAAAUGGACUUUUUACGCGUUUAAAGUAGCUGGUGUAACUAUAGCUGAUGGGCCUUACACUGAUUUUGUUAUUAAGCGAACGCAUCAAGACAGACCAUCAAUGGCACCAGUAAACGUGAACGGAUAUAACACCAGCAGAACAUCGUUGAACAUAACUUGGGGUUAUGUUCCUGAAGCAGGUCGUCAUGGUGUUAUAACUAAAUAUAGUUUAAAGUAUUACAAAGAUGGAGAAUAUCCGAAAUGGAUAAUAAUUUCGGGCCGUGACUCUUUACACUCGCAGUUGACUGGUCUUGAUUGGUUUACAUAUUACAAUAUCGAGGUAGCAGCUUUCACAAGUGCAGGACAGGGAGUGUACAGCCCUCCAUGUCGAGUUCAAACUGAUGAAUACGUGCCGCAUGCACCGCCCUCAAACGUGACGGGUAAUAACAUAUCUGAUACCUCAAUAAGAGUAAGAUUUGAAGAUAUUGCGGAUAAAAAACUGAUAUAUGGUAUUCCCAUUGCCUCAUUUGUGAAAUAUGAACGGGUAGACAAUCCUACGUUCAAUGGGGAAGUAAAUGGAACCACCCGUGAAGCAAUUUUAACUGGAUUAAAAGAAUAUGCCAAUUAUUCCAUUAAAGUUGCUAUAAGAACUCGCCAUGGCUACAAGAACUUUUCACAGCCUAUCUACGUCAUGACAGAUACGGGAAUUCCAGACGCCCCGCCUCGAUAUAUAACGUCAUCCGUCGUUAGCUCCACAUCAUUAAAGUUUUUUUGGGAAGAUAUACUCGAAGAAGAGAAAAAUGGCAUCAUCAUUGCGUACAACUUUACCAUAAGAAAAGUAAACGAUACUAAAAAGCCAUGGAUGUUCUACACAUUGCCUCACAAACCGACUCGUACUCAGACCAUUGAAAUUGAAAAUUUAGAAAAAUGGAGAUCAUAUGAUUACGCUGUGGCUGGGAUAACCAGCAAGGGAUGUGGAGUAUUUUCAACAUAUCGUCAGGAAAGAACGGAUGAAGACAUUCCAGAAGCGCCGCCAGAUAAUCUGUUUGCUAUAAACAAAACUAAAGACAUCAUAAACAUCACAUGGGAUGACGUACCCGAAGGUUUCCGUCGUGGUGUUAUCACACUAUACACAAUUUUAUACACUGAAUCUUCGUUGGAAGUACCUGUAUGGAGAGAGCGACGUGUAAGAGCUCCCGCAAAUGAGAUUUUAAUAGGCCGCCUAAAGUUUUAUACUAAUUAUACAAUUAAAAUUGCUGCUUCGACAAUAAAAGGCAUUGGAAAUUUUUCAGAGGAAAUAAUGCAAGCUACAUCGGAAGCUCCUCCUGUUGUGAUACCUGGUAAUUUCACCUGCCAUAACACAUCUUCUUCGAGUUUGUUCUGUGAUUGGGACAGAGUAAAAGAAGGUUCUGGAUUGACCAACGGAAAGGUUCUUGGCUACAAUCUGUACUACAGUGUUGUGGACUGUGAAAUAGCAGAACUAUCGAAUUGCAACAGCUCGUUAGAAUGGGUAAUAGUUGUAAAUUCGCCUGGUUUGAGCGCGAAUAUUACUGGUUUGGAGCGUUUUACCAAUUAUUCCAUCCAAGUGCAGUUGUUCAACAGUGUAUCAAAUGGCUGGAGAAGUCCACCUUUUUACGUUUACACAGAAGAAGACCUUCCUACAUCACCUCCUUUGAGACUGGAAGGCUUUUCCGGAACUUCCACAAGUAUAUUAAUAUUCUGGGAUAAAAUUCCUUGGGGAGAGAAGCAUGGAAUCAUACAGGGCUAUAGGGCUUACUAUAGAAGAAUGAAUGAAGGACCCGAUGCCGUAACACUCAGAGAGGAGGCGAAAAAGAAAAGAAACUUGAGGAAGCGACGCGAUCUGCAGUUAUGCGACGAAUAUGACUACGAUGAAGACAUAUGUCUUGAUGACGAUGCCUCAUAUAUGCAUCACGUGGAACGACGCGCACUGUAUGACGGGUUUUACCUCUAUCCUGAAGAAAUCAUGGUCGUUAAUGGUACAUACGAUUCUAUGGAUUUAACCGAUUUGACAGAAUAUCAAUGGUACACCAUACGUUUGACAAGUUUUACUAGCCAAGGGGAAGGACCGUCUACCCACAUCAACAUGACUUGCUUGCAGUCAGUGCCAUCUGUAGGCCCAACCGCGACUGUGUUUGAUAGAUAUGCAUUCGAUGAGAUAAAAAUUGAAUGGAAUGAAUUAACGUACAAUGAGUCCAGAGGAACAGUGUUUGAAUACAACGUCGUUUACUACGCUGUAAGCAUUAAUGGAGAAGACGUUAUACCAUCGGACUACGAUCGGCAGAGUAUAUGGGUGGAUUAUCCAAUACACAACUUAACUGUUACGAAUCUUCAACCCUUUACAAAAUACGCGUUUGAAAUAGCCGCGUUGACAUAUCCAGGUGUUGGUGCCUAUGCAAAUCCAAUCUAUGGAGAAACUUGCCGAUGCGAGGCUAGCUAUACCACAAGCUAUCAAGUUAGGCCACCAGUGUUCUCAAUGAACAACCACGCUGACACUCCAGCCGGUAUAAUUGCUGAUAUAGCUGCCGAAGCAGUAGUGUAUUGUUGUGAUGUGUGUAUUAAUGGACACGGUAGGCUGCAUGUUAAUUGGACGGUUGACGGGAAUUUUAGUGAUUCCAAAAAAGAAACAACUACAGAAAUGAAAAUGGCUGUGCAAGACGGUACGAAUAUCAUCUUGCCAAUUCAACUGGACAGCUCACGAACUAUCUAUGAACAGAAUCCAUACAUUCCUAUUGUGUUUUCGCCAGGCCUUGCUAUAUUUUCGUUACGCGCUGACUAUGUUGAUUUAAUGGGGAAAAUGAUGGUCGAAACUGUUGGCUUGUUGUGGACGUUUGUGUUGAUUUGUGGCCUGCUUACUGUUUCUUGUGGACUUAUCAUGUGGAUUGUGCAAUGUAAUCCAAUGCAAAUAAGCCGUACUAACGAGGAAGAUUUUCCCGAAGAUUACCGUCAUGGCGGGGGAGCUGGCGUAUGGUGGAGUUUUGGAACUGUCAUGAGAGUUGGGUAUGGAGAUUUAGUUGCUACCGGGAAGCUUGGUCGAUACUGCACAUUUCCUAUCAUUUUGAUCGGCCUUGCACUACCCAUGGUGCUUGUAUCUGGUAUAUCAACGAUAUUUCUAACAUUCUGUCUUGACAAGUCGGAGGGAACAAUAUAUGCUCAAAAGGUUGCUACGUUGGCGGAUUCGUAUGAUGGUGUUUAUGUGCGAAGAUGGGGAGGAUCGCUUGCAAAAAAGAGUAGUACAAGCGAAGGUUUAGUGUCUACGCUCAAAGAUGGAGAUGCCAAUCGAAUAGCAAUAGAUGCAUUAGAUGCAUCCUAUCAAGGUUCAACUCUGACAAAAAAUCCACAGGUGGUGUUUCGUGGAAUAAGGGAAACAAGCUCGAGUUACGGUGUGGUGCUUGCUGGUGAUGCAGUAAAAUUGGAGAAAUGUGUCCGCGCGUAUCUCAAAGAACAUCAAGAGGGUGUAAGUCGUCGAACAAAAGCGGUACUGGAUGGAGCUCAAAAGAUUUACGCGCCAAAUGCACUGAAAGAAAAAGCAAAGGCAUUUGGUACGCUGAAUUCCCAGAAAUGGAUUAUGACCUUGAAAGUUUGCUGUGGGAUUUUUGUCGUGUUUUUUCUGAUUGGCUUAAUAUAUGAAUGUUUUCGACGAAGAAGAAACAAAGUAUCAGCCUUCGCAGUGGUUCACACUUCCUGUUACCGACUUUAUGAAGUGGAAAGUCAAGAAAUGUUGAAGAAAUUCAAAGUGAGAUGUGAACACGUGAUAAAAGUGUUGGAGCUGAAACAUGCCUUACAGCGAGAACGGUUGAGGAAACAUCUCAGAAAGACAAUAAAAUACUUAAAACCAGAAUUAGCGCACAAAUAUUACUUUUAAGGACACACAUUGACUGUGAAAAAUAAGAAAAGCACAAAAAGCCUAACUUGAAGAGCGACAGCUCCACAAACAAUCAAUUUAAUAAACUCGUGCGUACACAAAGAGAGUUGAUGAGCAGUUAACACAUACGCAAUGAGUUUGGAAGAAAGAGAAAUUCAUAGUACUAUGACAACAUUUGACAAUAAGUGUUUAUAUUGCACGCUUUCACUUUAUCAUGCACGCUAGCACCAAGAAAAAAAUGUACGGAUUUAGUAGUACGUUCUUAUUCCAUCGCAUCGUUUUGUACCACAACGGCGGCUUCACACUUGGGGUGUUCCGUACAUGAUGUCAUUCGGCUUUUUCGCCGAGAGUCGCGCCGAUAGAGAAAGUAAGUUUUGAAAAAAAUAUUUCAAAGAGAAUUCCUAAGUACCUGAUUUUUUAUAAAUAAACGAAGCAUUUCUUUUUUUU